AUGGGUACAGAAAUACAGCACAAAAAGGAUACAAAUCUUUCCACAAAAAAGGACGCAAAAGUCCCCCCGAAUCAAGACGCACAAGCCAUCCAAAGGGCCCACGCACAGGACCCUCAAAGUGCAGACACAGAAUCCUCCCCAAAGGAGAACACACUUGCCACCCAAAAGGCCCACACAAAGGAUGGCCUCGUAAAGAGGUUAAUCAAGAGCAAACAGUGGAACGUAUGGCUUAAGGAGAGGACUGAGCUUAUAGAAAAGAGGAGAGCCGCGUAUCCCAGCAUGGUGAAAGAUGUGCAAUACCUGGAGCGAGGGAAACAGAAAUCACUAAAUGGUUCAUUGGUCAGUUGCUUAAUUUUUGAAUUUCUCUCUUGGAUAUUCUCCUAA